UCUUCUUCACUUCCUUUUUGCAUCUCACAUCGGUCGUCAGCAGACUUCCAAGGUAGUUGAAGCUUUCCUUCUCCUCAAUAUGGUCGUUGCCAAUUCUCAAGUAACAGUGGGGCUUUUCUGCAAGUUUGCUGACUACCAUCGAUUUGGUUUUAUCACAGUUGAUAGUCAGGCCCAUUUCAGCGCUCGCUUCCACAACCUGGUCUAAUAGUGCUUGCAGUUGUUCUUCAGUGGUUGCAAUCAGGUCGUUUUAGUGGAUGAUAAACAGUAUCCAUCAUUAACUAAAGCUAGGUCGUUUUAGUGGAUGAUAAACAGUAUCCAUCAUGGCGAACAGAACGGUAACUGACGCCAAAACUGUAAAAGGGACAAAUCCUCAAUAUUUGGUGGAGAAAAUUGUUCGGACAAGGAUAUAUGAGUCUAAAUAUUGGAAGGAACAAUGUUUUGCGUUAAGUGCUGAACUUUUGGUAGACAAAGCGAUGAAUCUUGAAUACAUUGGUGGAACAUUUGGGGGCAAUAUUAAACCUACUCCAUUUCUCUGUCUUGUAUUGAAAAUGUUACAAAUUCAACCUGAAAAGGAAAUAGUGGUUGAAUUUAUCAAAAACGACGAUUACAAGUAUGUUCGAGCUCUUGGUGCUAUAUACAUGAGGCUUGUAGGAACAGCGCUAGAUGUUUAUAAUUACCUGGAACCACUCCUUAACGAUUAUAGAAAACUAAAAGUAAAAAAUAAAAUGGGUGUGUUUGAAUUAACUCACAUUGAUGAGUUUGUGGAUGAAUUAUUAAGAGAGGACAGAGUUUGUGAUAUAAUUUUACCAAGAAUUCAGAAACGACAUCUUCUGGAGAGUAUUAAUCAGAUUGAGCCGAGACGAAGUGCUUUAGAAGAUGACUUGGAUGCUCUUGAAUCAGAAGAUGAAGAAGAAGAAGAAGAAGAAGAAGAGAAAGCUCCUUCUCCUCGCCAUCACAAGUCACCCACUCCAGAUAGACAUAGAAAACGUCGACGAUCCCCUCGAUCACGACGAAGUCAUUCGCGUUCACCCAGACGUCGAUCUCGAUCACCUCGAAGAAGAAGUAUUUCUCCACGUCGUCACAGACAUCGAAGUCGAAGUCGUUCGCCAACUCGUCGUCAUCACUCGCCAACUCGUCGUGACCACUCGCCUGCUCGUCGUCAUCGUCGUCGUUCACAGUCUCGUUCUCCUUCACCGCAUAAAUCACGAAAGUUGAGUAGACGUGGAGGAAAAACAGAGAUGAGUCAAGAAAGUUUGGAAAUUGAAGAAGCGAAUGCAUUGAGAGCUAAACUUGGUCUUAAGCCUUUAAAACCUUAACAAGUUUUAUAAAAUCAUUUAUGUACAGUUAUUGUAAAACUUGCCAGGUUUUCUUGUUGUAUCUUGAAAGUUUUAUGAUAUUAUAUCAUGGUUUUUAUGAUAUUUUAACUGUUUUCCUCGAUAUUGUAUAGGCGUUCAUUUGUCUGAAUAUAUGACUCUUUGGUGUAGAUAAUCUUCUCUCAAUUGAAGAGUUUGCUGGGCAAAUAGAAUAAAAUGCAUGUAAAAAAUGGUAAAUUACAAUAAAAUAGUGAUAAAUAGUAAAAAUUAAA